UCACAGAGGCAAACCCACAAAUGUGACAAGUGACAGGCGUCGAGGAAGUGGAUGUAUGAAAUCGUAUGACACCUCACUGGCGGGCCACAGAGUCCCUCUCCAGCACCACCAUGAUAAACACCUACCAGACAAGCGCGUUUCCACCCCAGCCACCGCCGCGGCACACCAGCCUGCCAGCCGAACACCUGGCCCCCAGACGGGGCCCCACCAGGGCUGUGGUCCGGGUGUUAGGGCUGGUCGUGGUGCUCCACCUGCUCCUGUCUUGUGGAGGAUUCUACUAUUUGUACACUGGCAGAAUGAUCUCUCCACUUGAGUCUGCGAAACCCAAUGAGGAGGGCAAAAUUUCCGCUCAAACUUCCGAGCGACGCUCAGAGAAAGCGUCCCCCAAGGUCAUGGCGGGCAUGACAGUCAAGAGACCACCGAGCGAUAUUAGGAGCACACCUUCGCGAAGUGGUGGUGGGCAAUACCUGCAGUGGAACAUGGAUCACUCCAUUCUGAAGAACGUAGGCUACUACUGGGCCAGCUGGCUGAAGGUGCAGCAGCCCGGAGACUACUACGUCUACGCCCGGGUCAGCUUCUCCGGGGGAGGCACGGAGGGCAUGCCCCUGGUCAGCAUGGUCAAACGGAAGCACAACGACACGGGCAAGCCCCAUGACGUGAUGAAGGCAUAUUGCAGCUUGGGGAACCACAACACGGGCCCGUGCACGGCCUCGCAGGGGCAGGUACUGAGCCUGCAGAUGGGGAACCUGCUGAGCGUGUGGGUGGAGAACCACACAUGGGUAGACUACGAGAGAGGAGCCACCACGUUUGGAAUGUUUAAGCUGUAGGAGGACGCCUCCUAGCGCUUUGUAACAUCCGGUCUGUGGUGUCCAAUAGGAGGGGACAUCAACUAUUUAUAAAGACGUGAUGAAUGCAAUUUUAUGGCUAAGCAAUGUAGGAGCUUCUUGCUCUUUUUUUUAAUGGAUACCUAAUACCAGAUGAUGUAUAUUUUAAUUUAUUUAUAAGAAGUGCUUUUCAUUUUAUGAGAAAGGAUGUUUUUUUUUUUUAUUAUAUUUAUAAAUGUGUGUUUGAUCUAAAAGCCCAGUCGUUGUUUUUCUUUAAACAUGUGAAAACCGAAUUAAAAUACAGUGACAAACAGUCAGUCAACUGAAGUUGGCUCACUAAACACAGAUUACAAACCAAUAUGGAUAAAUGCCCCCAUGCAAGU